GAAUCUGAUGGCAGCUGAGACCAGUCCCACCGAGUACUGAGUACUGACUACUGACUACACUCCCAAGUCAACUCCACCGUCGGCUGUGCUGCGCUGAUCUUCUGUGAGUAGUGCGCGCGGCGUGGUCUCCGUUCGAACCGAUGCCCAUCUGCUGAAUCGGAUCGGAUCGUGCGAUCGGCCGCCACGCCACGGCCCGCGGGUGAGGCGUGGUCUCCGGGAGGCAGCCAACCUAUCCCGCCCGGUCUAGCCUCUAGCGAUCCCGGCGCCGGCAGCGCGCACGAGAGGAAUGGACGCGUCGCACCCGGAGGGCGAGGCCACGGCGGGGUGGCUGACGGUCGAGGAGUGGAGCGGCUCGUCAGCCUCCGCGCUCUCCCGCACCGCCGUCCUCACCGCCUCCGCCUCCUCUCUCACCGCACACAGGUUCGGCAGCCGGUGGGAACGGAUCGGGAGCCGCAUGCUCGGCGCCUUCGUGCCUGAGGGCUUUCCUGGGAGCGUGACUCCGGAUUAUGUCCCGUUCCAGAUGUGGGAUACGUUGCAGUGGUUUCUGAGGGACUUGACAGGAAUGCUUGGAGGGAUAUUGUUCACCUUUUACCAGGGAUCUAAUCUUGAUAGCAAUGCUAAAAUGUGGCGUCUAGUUGCAGACUUUAUGAAUGACCUUGGAAUGUUGAUGGAUCUUUUGAGCCCUCUGUUUCCUUCAUCGUUGAUAGUUAUAAUGUGCUUAGGCAGCCUGUCUAGGUCAUUCACUGGUGUUGCUAGUGGAGCAACUAGAGCAGCACUAACGCAGCAUUUUGCACUUGCAAAUAAUGCAGCUGAUAUUUCUGCAAAGGAGGGCAGUCAGGAAACACUUGCUACAAUGUUAGGGAUGGGGUUGGGGAUGCUGUUAGCUCAAAUUACCAGAGGGCAUGCUUUGAGUGUAUGGGCAUCUUUUCUUUCUCUUACGAUGUUCCAUAUGUAUGCAAAUUACAAGGCAGUGCAGUCACUUUCACUCACUACGCUAAACUAUGAGAGAGCUUCCAUCUUGCUACAAUACUUCAAGGAAUGUGGUGAAGUUCUUGUGCCACGGAAGGUUUCCCAGCAGGAACAUAUUCUUCCUUCUUGGUCAAACUGGAGGAAACUGAACAGAAUUAAACUGCCACAUGAGCGUGUGCACUUGGGUGCUAAAGCCUCGAUGCUUACACACAGUGACAUGUUGGUGAUUGCAAAAACAAGAUACCACUAUGAAAACGCGAACUACUUUUUGCUGGAUAAACAAGGCAUCGUUUACGUUUUCAUCCACAAGGAGGCAACACCAGCCGAUGUUUUAAGGUCCUUCGUACACGGGCUCGUGCUAGCUAGCUCGACACAGAACAGCAAACCUCAGCACUUAGAGGCCCGUCGAUGGAUGGACGAGAUGUAUACCAGUUUUAUCUCGAAGCUGCAGACUGAAGGUUACUCGACGGAACGCCUUCUGUCGCAUUCGAUUCUUUGGAGGGCACACUGGCUUCACGGCCAGCUGGAUGAGAAGCUCAAGUAGGAGGAACACUGCAAGACCGCGUCUGCUUAUCCAAGGACAGGUCACAGGUAUAUCGCCCAGGACGCGAUUAUUAGCUAGGGUGAGAACGUGUUAAUUGUUCGCUUGUGCAUGGCAUGACUGCAUGAUGAAAGAUAGAUGCAUGAGCUGCACCGAGCACCACCAAAUAUAGUUAACCGCUUCGAGGUUCUAGCAUAUGGACGGACUUCACGAUAAAAGUGCUGGCCUGUACGCUCGAGUUCAGCAUGUUAAUGGUUCACACUACGUCCAUCCGCGCCGCUUUAGGGCAUGUACAGUGGUGUUUAAUGUGGAGUCUCUUAAGGUGUUUAAGGGGGUUAUUUGUAAAAAAAUCUUAGAGCCGUCUCUCCGUGAAGAGACGUCUCUGGCUCGUAAACCAAGUAGCAACAGACGCCUUACUUCCCACUGUACGAAUUUGUCGUCUGUUCUAUCGAUCUGAUGCUAUACAAAUACAUUUAAUUCUGUAUUUGUUAAUAGACUACGUGAAUUGCACAAACCAGUCUAGUACCAUUUGUCGAAGCAA